AUGUUCAAAUCCUCCAAGAAGAAAGAGGACAGUUAUGUCUGCACUCUGGACUCAGAGGUACAAGAAAAAGCAACAAAGGAAUUAAAUGAGGAUCCUAAAACUCGUCUGUUGGAAGUUAAAAAUUUGAAGACUCGACUGGAGAAAGUUCCAGGUCUGCAGCCACGAACCGAUGUCCAGUUUCUCCUACGUUUCUUACGAGCUCGCAAGUUUGACCAGGAAAGGACUUUCCAACUGGUGAAGAACUAUUACGACAUCCGUCUCCAUUUUCCGGACAUUUUCAGUGAUCUGAAGCCAACUAGGGUCCGGCAUGUCUUUGAUGAUGGCGUUUUUGAAGUACUGAAACAUCGGGACAAGGACGGAUGUAGAAUCGUCAUUUUCAGGCCAGAAGCCUGGGAUCCCGAACGGUACCCGAUCAUCGAUUUACUGAAAGUUGUUUAUGUGCUGCUGGCCAAAGUUCUAGAGGAAGAAGUCAUACAGGUCAAUGGAGUUCACUUAAUCAGUUACUUCUCAUCGUUGACCCUCAAACAAGUAUCACAGCUGACUCCGAGUUUGGCCAAGUUUUUCAUUAGCACUAUUCAGGAUGUUCUACCUAUGAGGCUGAAAAGAUACGAUAUCGUGAAAGAGCCAGCAUUGUUUGACGUUGUCUGGGCUAUCCUCAAACCGUUCAUGAAGGAGAAGCUUUUAGGGAGGAUUUUCCUUAACGGAGACAAGUUGGAUAAGUUACACGCGACAAUCCAGCCAGAGUUUCUGCCUUCAGAUCUGGGAGGCAAGCUACCAAAACAUAGUAACAAGGACUUGAUCGAGUCCCUGUUGGCCUCAGACGCCCAGUUUGAAGAAGACAACAAGUUUGGUUUCGUGAAGAUGAAUGUGAACAGCGACACUUCUGUCAGCAAAAGUGGAGAUGCCGACAUGCAAGGACUUGGCGGGACAUUCAAGAAACUAGAGAUAUAA